AUGAGUAUUCAAAAGAUGAAAGACAAGUUCGUUCUCGCCCUGACCCAACACAACAUUCCAGGCCUUCGUUGGGUCCUUGAAGGGUUCAACUUGUAAGUGUAGUACUACGGUAUCGUUCUCCCGUGACCGACCUUCACAGUUUAUUUCGGCUUUGAUUGUUGUGAUUGCCGAAGUGCAAGUACGCUGUUUACGCAACAAACCAAAGAACCGUGCACUUACCGAAACCAGAUCACCUUCACGGCCCUCUUUUUCCUUUUGCAGCUACGAUACGCAGCGAGUGAAGGAGGUGGGAGCGGAUCGGGCAGCCGCCGAAUGGAUCGUUCGGUGCGGCGGCAAGAUCAAGUUCGCUCAAAUCGACGAGAGCUUCGACGACUACAACGCGCUCGUCAAACGCACAGCUCAGCUGGAUCCUCGGCUCGCAGAGGACCGGGUGACUCUGGAGACGAUCCGCGCCGAAGACGCCAGUGUCACUGGAUUCGGGUGCCGUCACUUUGGUACAGUGAUCAGAUGAUAGCGGGGAGGAUACGGUAGAAGUCAAUCACACAUGACACUCCGCGCGCGGGAAAGUGCAAGGCUUCUUGCUUCUUUGGACGUUUAACAAUAUCCACUAGUCUAGUCUCUUUCGACAACUUUAUGGAUUCGCAGUCUGAAUCCCAAUCCCAAUCUCCCUAGAUCCUUUCAUUUGAUAACUUUUCCUUUUUUCGUGUCAGUCCGUUGACGUAGUCUGAACGCGUUGAAUCUGCUUUGAUCAUCUACAAAAUUGCAAAAACGUUGAAACACCUCUUGGAACAGGCAGAAAUAGAAAAUGCCAGAAUCUAUUGAAUCAUCGGAUAGCAACGGAUCUUUUGGAUAGAGUCUAAAUUUCCACUGGUUAUUUCAUUCUAAACUGAUGAUUUUUUAGAGAAUCUUGUUGGAAUCAAGCAGGUCUACUUCAUCCGAUGCAAGAAUCUUCAUGACUUUGGCCUGGAGUACAUGGGACAGCACGUGGGCGGUCAUCUGAAGACCCUUCACAUCGAAGAGUGCCCUCGGAUCACCGAGUUCGGGCUGGAGCAUCUGAAAAAGUUUUCGGCUCUGGAAACGCUCAUCCUGCGCAAUCUGAAAAGUGUGCACGGGAAGGAGAAGGUGGAGCAGAAGCUUCGUGGAGCACUUCCGAAGACUGACAUUCAACUUCACCUGUAG